AUGAUCGCAGAUGGCUGGUUCCGCGAGAUCUCGUCUCAAUGGCCUGGACAAGCCAUGACUCUCAAGGUGAACAGGAUCCUCCACGUCGAAAAAUCAUUGUACCAGGACGUCCUCGUCUUUGAGUCGGAGACAUUUGGAAAUGUACUUGUCCUCGACGGAGUCAUCCAAUGCACAGAGCGCGACGAGUUUUCAUAUCAGGAAAUGAUUGCACAUAUCCCUCUGGCCAGCCAUCCAAACCCGAAAAAAGUUCUGGUCAUCGGUGGCGGAGACGGCGGUGUCGUUCGUGAGGUUCUCCGCCAUGAAUCUGUGCAAGAAGUUGUGCUCUGUGACAUCGACGAGGCAGUUAUCCGUGUCUCGAAGCAGUACCUUCCUCACAUGUCUGAACUCUUGGACUCGUCCCGCGUUCGCGUCUUUGUGGGAGAUGGCUUCAAGUUCCUUGCAGACAAUACAUCUACUUAUGAUGUGAUCAUCACCGACUCUUCUGACCCGGUAGGCCCAGCCGAGUCCUUGUUCCAAAAGCCCUAUUUCCAAUUGCUUCACGACGCACUUGCGCCUGGAGGAAGCAUCUCAACGCAAGGAGAAUGCCUAUGGAUCCAUCUUCCACUCAUCAAGAAUACCAACACCAUGGUCAAGGAAAUCUUCCCUGUAGUCGAGUAUGCCUUUACCACCAUCCCGACGUAUCCCUCUGGACAGAUUGGCUUCUGCCUCGCCAGCAAAGAUGCGACGAGAGAUAUGAGGACACCUGUUCGCAAGGUCGAGGGCACUAGGUACUACAACGAGGACGUCCACCGCGCCGCAUUUAUUUUGCCAGAAUUUGGACGCCGCAUUUUGGAAACGGGUGAGACAAUCCUACCCGUUCUCGGUGCAACUGCUUCAAAGGACAAGCCGGCAAAGAAGAUUCUUCUCCUCGGCAGUGGCUUUGUCGCGCGUCCUUGCGCAGAAUAUGUAGUGCGAGAUCCAUCCAACAGUCUCACUAUCGCCUGCCGCACUCUUGCCUCCGCAGUCAGCCUUGGCGAGGGUCUCCCCCGCGUAAACGCCAUCUCCCUCGACGUCCAGAAUCCCGAGGCUCUGGAGCAAGCUGUCGCGGACCACGAUGUUGUCAUUUCUCUCAUUCCUUACACUUAUCAUGCCCAAGUCAUCAAGGCGGCGAUCAAGGGCAAGACUCACGUCGUCACGACGAGCUAUGUCUCGCCUGCGAUGCGUGAGCUUGAUGCAGCAGCAAAGGAGGCUGGUAUCGUCGUUAUGAAUGAGAUUGGUCUCGAUCCUGGAAUUGAUCACUUGUACGCCGUCAAGAUUAUCGACGAGGUUCACGCAAAGGGAGGAAAAAUCAAGCACUUCCUCUCGUACUGUGGAGGUCUCCCCGCUCCAGAGGCCUCCAACAACCCCCUUGGAUACAAGUUCUCCUGGUCAUCUCGAGGCGUUUUGCUCGCGUUGCUCAACUCAGCAAUGUACAUCGAAAACGGACAAAAGGUCUCGAUCCCUGGCUCAGAGCUCAUGUCUCACGCAAAACCGUACUUCAUUACGCCCGCUUACGCAUUUGUGGCCUAUCCGAACCGCGAUUCGACGCCGUUUGCUCAAUACUACAACAUUCCCGAGGCAGAGACUGUUGUCAGAGGAACCCUGCGCUUCCAAGGUUUCCCAGAGUUUAUCGCCGUGCUCGUCAAGAUGGGCUGGCUCGACGGCGAGAGCAAGGAGUGGCUCACCAACGACCUCACAUGGGCAGAGGUCACCCAAAAGGCCCUUGGCGCAGACUCUGCAGAUGAAAAGACUCUUGUAGAGAAGGUUGCAGCAAUCGCCGACUUCCCCUCAGUCUCGGAAAGGACACGCAUCAUCUCUGGCUUGAGAUGGAUCGGCCUCUUAUCCUCUGAAAAGGUCACCGUUCGUGCAUCGAACCUCCUCGAUACACUUUGUGCCCGGCUCGAGACCUUGAUGAAAUAUGAAGAGGGUGAGCGCGACCUCGUCAUGCUCCAGCACAAGUUUGUCGUCGAGUGGAACAAAGACGGCCAACUAGAAGAGGAAAUUAUUACUUCCACCUUGGAAAUGUACGGAACUCCUGGCGGACACAGCGCAAUGGCGGUCACCGUAGGAGUACCAUGCGGUAUUGCAACGCAACUCGUGCUCGACGGAGUCAUCAAUCAGACUGGUGUGCUUGCACCAUACACCAAGGAGCUCUGCGAUCCGUUGAUCGAGCUCCUCGAGAAAGAAGGCUUGGGAAUGGUCGAAGCCCGUGGGUGA